GACAGCAGUGGGAGUGACUCCACCACCACCACCACGGCCCUCUCUGCCUCCAGAAGCAGUGUAGUCAGUUCAGCACGACGCGCCUUGACCCUUCCUCUCCAUCUGGGCAAGCACAGCGUCUUCUCACCGCGGCAAAGCGUGUCCAGUGCCUCUCUCACUCCUUGGGAUGAGGAAGGAGAGGAAGCAACCAAUCUAGGUCAAGGCUUGAAGCGGGUCUUGACGCAAGAAGAGGUGGAAGUCGAGCUGGAGAUGGGUGUGGAAGCAGCCUACGUGCAGCCAUGGGUGGUGAGGGUGAUCGGAGAUGAGCUGAGCAAGACUGCCGCCACGGUGCUGCAGGUGAGAGGAGUGGAGAUCUUUCACGAUCAGAGCAAGGCUUGGAAAGGGGCCUGGGCUGCUUUUGCGGCUCUCUUCGACGACAAGGGUCUGCCAGACGUCAAAGAAGAUGCCGACGCGUACGCCAGCGACCUAUGCAGCAAGACAAGGCAGGCGGGCGUUCAGCAUCUUCUCAUCUGCUCCAUGGUCGACUUUCUCCCGAAUACGCCCUCCUCGGCCACCCCUUCCUCGAUUCUCCAAACGCGCACUCUCCAUAGGCACCUCUCCUCUCACGCUGCCACGGCUGCCUCACCUCUCCAGGUGACUCUCCUCUCGCUCUCCCUGACCUUCGAGCUCGCGCUCUCUCAACAAUACAUCUCCAUCACGCGAGGCAACACCCCAGCCACGUCCACCCGCUACGUCCUCAAGUCGCGCUUCGCCACUCAUAAGCCGCUGCCGUGGAGCUCAUCAGACGACGUAGGGCAAGCCGUGCUCUCAGUACUUUGCGACAGCAAUGCCACAUUCUCAGCUACCUCGGGGCUGGGGGAGGUCAGCCUGGUAUCCGACCUCAUCUCGGCACAUGAGGCCAGGGCGCAAUGCUCCCAGAUCGUGUAUGUGACCGACAAGCGCAUCACCACCAAGGAGAGCAAGAUGACGACGCUAGAGACGCCCAAAACGGUAAGGGCUCUGGUGGACUAUUGGCUCGAUCACGAUGUUGAAGUGAGGAGGGCGAUGAUGGCCAUAGACAGGGAGAGGGGCAAGUUGCCACUGACGGGAUGGAGGGAGUUUGCUUCUGAGCGAAUCGAUAUGCUUGUCCCAGGUUGGAAGGAGGGCAUUGAGCCAGUCCCGCAGUCCUCUACCACUUCCUCCUCACCCUUCCAGCCCGCCAUUCCUCCGCGCAUCCACGGUACACCCGGAGCCUUACCCACGGCAGCCGUCUUGGCAGCUGCGGCAGACGCAGCAGAGGCAGCCGCAACGCGGGGACUGGUAUCCGCGCCAAGCAGAUCUCCCGACCGCUUCGCCAGCACGGGAAUGACGCCACGCCAGCCGGGUGGGAGCCCAUUGGGCACGGACACGCUCAACUACGUGACUGGGCGUGAGUGGAGGCCUGAUGGAGGGGCGGUAGGUGAGGCGAUAGGGAGGCCGAGCGCGAGCGAUGGCUCUUACUUUGAGGGAGCGAAUAAGUAGCGCUCAAGACAUCAGAUGGUACUAGAUGAUGAUUUUGUGAAUACUGUACAUGUGAUCUCUCUACUUGGUCCUUCCUGCGUCAUCGAUCAGUCACUCGAUGCACAUCCUCUACAGCCUGGCGCGAUUCAAGCCAAAGUACAUGGGGGAGUCAGCUAGCUGGACGUGAGCAGUCAGCGCCACUCGCCCUCCUACUCACCACAAUGCACACACUCU